CAGCACCCACAGCACCCACCUCACCCACAGCACCCACCUCACCCACAGCACCCACCUCACCCACAGCACCCACCUCACCCACAGCACCCACAGCACCCACCUCACCCACAGCAUCCACCUCACCCACAGCACCCACCUCACCCACAGCACCCACCUCACCCACAGCACCACCCACCUCACCCACAGCAUCCGCAGCACCCACCUCACCCACAGCACCCAGAGCACCCACAGCACCCACCUCACCCGCAGCACCCGCAGCACCCACAAGACCCAGUGGCGCUCAUGAGAGCGACACCCCCUUCUGUGGACACUUGUAAAUCUACGAGUGAUGAGACGGAUAGCCCCGACAGCGUGGAGUCUGAGCUCCACUGU